UGCAAGAGCAGAUGCACCAGCCAGAGAUGACUAUCAAUAAUGCAGUCUCCAGCAGGCUCACAACUGAGAGAGAGGAAGAAGAGAUGGGAUGGACAGCUAUGUGGAAGAGCAUCCAUGUGAAAAUGUGAGGAUGGACCCUAGACGAUUGUCACUUUCAGUGUGGUGGGGAUUAGUAAUUAACAUGAAUUUGAGUUAGUGCACUUGUGUUUGAUGCAGUGCAUGCAUGUCAGCAGGAAAGAGUGCUUGCUUGUUACAGGGCUGUCAGAAAGAUGCAGUGUAGGUGGGUUAGACGAGUUCCGGUCAGAGCAGGAGAACUGUAACGUGUAGGUGUUUCAGGUUGAUUUAGAAGUGUUGGACCCACGGGGUCGGACUCCUUUGCACCUGGCCGUGACGCUGGGCCAUUUAGAGUGCGCCCGUCUGUUAGUCCAGUAUGGAGCCGAUGUCAGCAAAGAAAACAGAAAUGGCUGGACAGUGUUGCAGGAGGCCAUCAGCUCACGUAACCCAGAGAUGGUGCGGCUGGUGCUGCGUUACCGUGACUACCAGCGCACCACCAAGCGACUGGCGGGGAUUCCACGCCUGCUAGAGCGACUCCGACAGGCACAGGACUUUUACGUGGAAAUGAAAUGGGAGUUUACGAGUUGGGUUCCGCUCGUGUCACGUAUCUGUCCGAGUGACACAUAUCGGGUAUGGAAGAGCGGCCAGUGUUUGCGGGUGGACACGACGCUCAUGGGAUUUGAGCAAAUGACCUGGCAAAGAGGCAAUCGCAGCUUCAUAUUCAGGGGUCAAGACUCUAGCGCCAUGGUAAUGGAAGUGGAUCAUGACAGACAGCUGGUGUUUUGUGAGACGCUGCCGUGCCUCUCUUCCUCUCCUGCCUCGCCCUCCACCAGGCCGUGCACAAACGCUUUAAGCCUUCUGGGGGCGCUGCAGCCCAGCGACGAACAAGUGGCGGCCCGUCUAUCUGCUCCCGUGGUGGCGACACAGCUGGACACAAGGAACAUCUCCUUUGAGAGGAAUAAAACGGGCAUUCUUGGCUGGCGUAGUGAGAAAACGGAGGUGGUGAAUGGGUACGAAGCAAAGGUUUACUGUGCUUCUAACGUUGAGCUGAUCACACGAACACGUACUGACCAUCUCACUGACCAGCACAAAACAAAACCCAAAGGCGGCAAGACUCCUCUGCAAUCCUUCCUGGGUAUCGCUGAACAGCACAUGGGGCCUAACAACGGACACACUAUGGUGACUCAGAUAUCAUGUCCUGCAACAAACCCUUUUGCCGUGACAGCAGAGGAGUACUUUAAUCCCAACAUGACUCAGAGAGACAUCGGCCUGCCCUGUCACCUCACCACCAAAACACAAAGGUUCAAAGCCAAGCUGUGGUUGUGUGAAUCACACCCUUUAUCUCUGCCGGAGCAGGUGGCUCCUAUCAUCGACCUCAUGGCCAUCUCCAACGCACUGUUCGCCAAGCUUAGGGACUUCAUCAACUUGCGCUUGCCUCCUGGCUUCCCCGUCAAAAUAGAAAUUCCCAUUUACCACAUCCUUAAUGCUCGCAUCACCUUUGGGAACCUAAAUGGUUGUGAAGAGGGUGGUUUGCCCCGAGUGGAUGCAGAAGGGGACGGACAGAAGGACAGCCCCAGGACGGAGACACCAUCUCCAGGCAGUGACUCUUCCAGCGUGUCCAGCUCCAGCUCCACAAACUCGUGUCGCGGAGGAGAGAUCCCACCUUGUGUGUUUGAGGCUCCGCGAGGCUACAGUAUUUUAGGAGGAAACCAGAGGGAGAACAUUAGAGAAGAGGAAGAUGAUCUGCUACAGUACGCCAUCCAGCAGAGCCUGAUAGAGGCUGGAUCAGAAUAUGACCAGGUGACGAUCUGGGAGGCUUUGACCAACAGUAAGCCAGGAACACACUCUCUGUCCUGUGACCCCAGCCGGCACGAAAGAACCCCACAGCACAAACCCAGCCCUGUGGAGAGCCCUCGCAGCACACCAACCAAUAAGCCACCGCGCAGCUACGACGAGCAGCUGCGUCUAGCCAUGGCGCUGUCCGCCCGUGAACAGGAAGAGGCGGAGAUACGUCAAAGACGAGAGGAAGAGGAACUGCAGCGUAUCAUCCAGCUGUCACUCAUGGAGAAGUGACGGGGUUAGUGGGAACUGAGGGGUGGGAGAGCAUGUCUAGGGAUCUGGAACCAACUACGUUGACUGUUCCCAAAUGCCCCACCCUCUUCUUUCCAAAGAACUGGAUAAAAUGGGCCGAUCUCUGGUCCAGUCUCGAAUGAGUCGUUCAGAAUCACAGAGAAACCUCUGUCUUCACUGCAAGUUUACAAACACAAACUACUAAACUCAUGGCAAUCCACUGACUGAUCAGCGCCGGUCUGGUCUCUUUAACGUGUGAAUGUGCAUUUAUGACUGAGACAGUCCACACUGCGUACCUUGACAUCGUUUCUAAAAGCCAUCAUCCGAGCACUCGCCCAGAGUUCUUGCAUACUCACCAGUAGGUGUGAGUUCUGGAUGAAUCUUGCCACUUUUUUCAGUUUUACAUUAUGGACGAACAUUAAUUUUGGUUGCUAAUACACAUCAGAUUCACUGCGCUUGGAUUGAGGAGCCAUGAUGUCUCCUAACAGAAUGUGUGAGGGCAUUUACACACAAGAGUUCAUGCUGCAGCUCCAUCGUUCUUGAUGGGGAUGUUGCAUUCACAAAAACAUAGAAUAAAAACGUAAAGAUUUGUGAAAGUGACACUUCCAUUAUACAACCAAAGUUGCUUAAUAACACAACUUUUGGUUAAUGUAAUUUCGUUAAUCGCUAACCUCUGAGGAUCUCAUACAGGAGGGUUUUAAAAAAUGUUUUCCGAUUUGAUUUCAAAGACUGAAUUUCGGCAUGAAAAAUUCAGUCCGAGAUUCGCAAGCAAUUUCUCUGUUCAGACCAAUACGAAAAAAGUUUUUCUUUUCUUUCUGAAAGUAGGUGGCGAAUAUGGAAAAGUAUGGUACAAGGGACCAGUGAUGCUCACUUUUCUGCUUGUCAUGGAAGUUUUAUGGUGUGUGCAGACCAAAAGCAAAUCUAAUUAUCUGCGCAAGUAGAUUACAUAGAAAGCCAAUGCAAAGACACAAAUACACAUGGAUUUGUGCCAGCCGAUGCAAAUGAUGUGAAUUGGACAUGAUUCAUUGCUGCGUAAUCCAAAUCAGAGAAGAGCUUGUUGAUACGUCCGAUUUGACACAUCCAGUUGUAUCAGAAAACGAUUUUUAUUUAUUUAUGUUUCUAAGAUUUGUUUUUGCCUUUAUUCUGAUAGGACGGUAGUAAUGCCAGGAAGCAAAGUAGGAGAAAGAGAGGGGGGCAGGAUCGGGAAAGGUCCAUGAGCUGGGAUUCGAACUUGGGACGCCCGUACUAGCACAACAGUUCUACUUUAUUUGCGCAAGUGAUGCAAAAACAUCCCGCGAAGAAUCUAGAGCAAGUAACGCGAAUGUUCGAUUUGGUUUUGGUGUGCACACUAUUAGAGAAGGUGCAUGCUGCAGAGCCAAUGGGUGGAGCUUGGCAUCCAGCCCUGGACACAAUAGGUGGAGCCUGAAGGUCCAACCACACCCUAACUAUAACCCUAUCCCUAAACAUAACUAGGUCAAGCUCCACCCAUUAGGUCCACAGAGGUGGAGCUGGACUAGGUCAAGCUUCACCCAUUUGACCCUGCAGUGAGCACCACGUGGAGUUUUAUACAAUAGAGGCACAUUACCAAUAGUGUGAAUCUUGGAUGGCGUGUAGUAGCAUGAUAGAAAAGAGAUUAAAAUCUGUCUCUCUCUCUAUAUAUAUAUUUACAGUAUAUAUAUAUAUAUAUAUAUAUAUAUAUUUACAUCUUUCUUUCUAACCCUAAAAAUGGAUUUUGCGCAAUCCGGUCCAUAAAAUCCUCCACCACACUUUUUCUAAUGUGUAAGCGCCCUAAAGUGAAUGCCAAACCCUACGUUAUGACAGAAGUUUGGCAGCAACCCUCUGCACACUGUCAAUGGCAUGAUUUUUAAUUAUUAGCCAGAAUGAUUCAAACACUGGAGAAAUUAUUGUAAUGGUACACUUGACAAUUAAUAAGAAGACUGAGUGAAACAAGCCAUUUUCAGGUACAUGUCGUUUAUGACUAAAUGAUUGCUUUGAAUCUGAAUCAAAUGCUCAUUGCAAUAUUCAUAAAAUGUGUCCUAAACGCACUUUUUGGGAAAAAAACACAUUACUCGCAUACGACACAGUGCGUGCACUCUACUUCAAAUGGUGCUAAAGUUGAUCUUUCAUAUUGACUCUUGGGUACGUUAAUCAGUGUAAUUGUCACAACAUGCAUUCACCCAUCUGUUCAAUCACUCGUCAACAACGUUUCUUUCUCAGCCUCCAUUCAGUGCUUCCUUCAACAUUACCAUCAGAGCUCAUUGUCUCAUGACUGGAACACCUGCGGUAGCUAAUCAAAAAUCUAAUUGUGCUUUCAUAAGGGAUGCCAGUUCUGGAAUAAAACAUGAAAGGAGGAAUCACUCACAGAGAUAAUGCCCUGAGCGAAGACGAAGCGGAAAGUUUCAUUGGAGAAUCUUAAAAUAGAUGUUUCUCCUUAGUCAGAUUUAUUCUGGGCCUGAGAGACUGCCCUCAGGGUUUGAUGUUAUCAGGUGAAUCUGAAAAACAAAUUAGGAAACAUGGCCAUACUUAACAUCUGAAAAGCUUCAAUGCUAAAGCACAAGGGAUUAAGCGUCCGUUUUCAAAGGAAACGGAUCUGAUGAAGGUAUCUGGAGACAGAGCUCCUAAUAAACACGUAGGUUUGAUCUUAUGAUUGUGCGACUCGUGAAUGCUGGGUUCAGUCAUUAAGAAAUGCUUGAUAUGACUCAACGUUUUAGUAAAACAUAUUAUAAAAGCAUUAUUUAUAUUUAACCUUUUUUCAUUUGGUUGAUGCUGUGGUUUGUGUGGAGUGCUGCUGUUGUGUUUGUAUGUGACUGAAAUAUAUGGUUCACAUUUGUAACUGAAAGGCAUUCAGAAUAAAGGAUAUCUAAAUUAAAAUGAAUUUUAAAGC